AAACGAGUUCUCGAGCCAGAGCUAAGCUUCGAGAACUAGCGGAUCAUCCUUACACAAGCUCGCACAUGAAUGUUUGCUCGCGCAUAGUGGCAAGCCUCUUUCUCUUUCUAGAUAUAAAAUGUCUUCGGCUGCAGUGAUUGAGCGCCGAAACAAGCAGAUCCAGGAUGCUGUUCAAGGAGGAAACUUGAAGCAGGCACUGCAGCUGUGCGAGAAGAGGCUGAAGAAGGGAGAGAACACCCCGUUUCUCAAGGCCUGGAAAGCCAAUAUCCUGUUCCACCAUGCCGACGACGCCCAUCGAGAGCGCGGGGUUGCGGAGACCCUCGAACUAUGCAAAUCCACGCCCGCCAUCACUGACAUCAAUGCGUUGGAAAUGCUUCAGAAUACACUCGCCGGUUUGGAAGAACAUACAGAGACGUUGCGCGAACUCUGGCAAAACGCCGCCAAGGCCAAUCCACAAGACGAGGAUAUUCAAUUGCGAUGGUUUACACUUGCAUCAGAAGCGGAGGAUUGGAAGACCGCUCAAAAGGCCGCGAUGAGUCUUCAAAUCAACUUCCCCAAGACAAGGAGAUACUAUUUCUGGGCCAUAUUCAUGUGCUACCUCAUCGCUGCGGAUGCUGGCAGUUCACUAGCAGAUAAAACACUUUUUGGCACGCUAGCAUAUCGGAUGAUAUCCAAAGCCGCAGACAGCGUACCGACAGACCCUAAAGAGUUACUGAGCCCGGGUAGAGCAAUUCAAACCGCCGAAGAGCUGUUGCUGCUCAUUAAAAUAUACAGUCAGCAAGGCCGAUACAAUGACAUUGUCGAUAUAUUAAAUAGCCAGCAUCUAGGCGUUACCUCGCGCAUCGCUCAGAGUGAUUGGUCAUUCGUGACAGCUAAGCUGGCGACUCUUGAGAAGGCGGCCCUGUGGGAGCAAGGUCUGUCCUAUACGAAAGAGCUGCUCAGCCUCCCCGAGGAACUGGCCGAAGGGGGAAAGCUUCCUCCAAAUUAUGAAGAGAAGGAUGAUUGGCAGGUGUGGAGCUUGCUACUCACGGCGGUAGAGAAUGUUCAAAUGGAAGGGGCCUUCAAAGAUGUGGAAGAGUUUAUUGAAAAUUAUAUCGCAAAACGACCGAAGUCGCGUAAUGCGCAAUUGGCACGUCUAGAUCUCACUUCUCGCCAAGUAUCGAAAGGCAAGCGUUUAUCGCCGGCUGAUCUACUGACGGGAUGUAAGAUCUAUUUCGACAAUAAUAAGACGAAACUAUACUGCUUUCACGAUUUGCGAAGAUAUUUAACGAUAUUGGAUGAGAGUUUUCGAGAGGAAUUUCAUUCGCAUGUGGUGCAGCAUGUUAGUAUGGAGGCGCCAAAUGGUGAUAAUACAGCAGCGGAUUAUGCAUCCAAAUCCAUUCCUACAAUAAACGCUCUGAAAUUCGAGUACUGUUUCCAACUUUCCGUGAAAUGUGAGGCAGAUUCAACUUCACAGGCCAAAGAUUUUGCACGCCGCUGUCUUCAGCUGUUCCGAACUUCUAGACAGGCGAAUCUUGCUGAAGAAUCACCUUCGACCAUUGAAACCCAACCUAGUGACGAUUUCUGUCUGUUGGCAGCCAUGAGCUUGAUACGUGUGCAUGAAGAGACCCAGGAUUCGAAGCCAUGUCCGAGUACAGUCUUGACCCAGGCUGCUGGAAUUCUUGAACAUCUGCUUCUCAAAUCCCCUCAUAACUAUGAAGGUCUUCUUCUACUAGUGCGGGUAUACCUGCUUCUCGGCGCCGGCUCGCUGGCGCUCAAGACGUUCGCCCAGCUUUCCGUGAAGCAAAUUCAAUAUGAAACCGUUGCUCAUAACGUCUUUACUCGCAUUUCGACCAUUCACCCACAAGCCGGCCCCCCUUUUUCCAGUUUGGAGAGGAAGGAUUUCGACCCUCAAACGGCACUGAGGCAAGCGUUAAUUUUUUACCGGAAUGCAGUGAGCUCCACAGCGUAUUCCUUUAGCGCUGGACUUGACCACGGCAGCUAUGUAAAUGUUGAAGGAAGCAUUGACUUGCAAAGGAGUUUGAAACAUAGCAUAUGCAGGAAGUUAUGGGCAUUGGAGGUGCGGAAGAUUCAGCGUUUAGCAGGCGGUCCAUCCGUGAAACAAUACGAUCAGCUCGUGUGCAAUAUGGAGCCCAUCAUCGAUAAACGCACUUUUGACGGAUUUAUGAAUUGUGAACUACCUGGAGAUCCGAUAUUUGAAGAGCACGUUCGACUUGGACCAUUGCCUCGAGAGCGAGCCGUCAAAGCUAUGGCAGUAACAGAUACGCUGCUCAACUAUGUAUACACUGAUUCGUCCUUGAGAGAACGGCUGUUAGGUCAAGUCAACAAUCUUGCCGGUUCGCAUCUCGACCUUCCAGACUCCGAACUUACACCCACGGAGAUAGAUAACAUCAAGAUUCACCAUCUCACGAUCAAAUUGAUCUCGGCACUCAGCCAGAAGCCGACAGCGUCGGAUACUGCCUUGUUUGAUGCUACCAGUUCUGAGAUCGAGGCCUGGUUGAGCGACAAAAUCUCAUCCAUGUCUGCCUCUAACGUCACUGAUAUUCAAGGCACAAUAAAUUUAACACCUAGCGAUCCUUCUACAUCGUCUCCGGCCCCGUCAUGGGUCUACUUACACGCAAACAUCUCCUUGCUGGAGACCCUCAAGGCUAUCUCUCUGUUUGUCUCCUCUCAGACGCAAGCUAAAGCAAAGUCAAAGUCAUCGGGUAGUAUUCCAAAAGAGAAACUCGACUCGCUGAAAGCAUUGACCAAGAAACUUGCCGAUAUUAUAACAAUGAAUACGCGUAUAUUAAAGACUCGUAUUGCCGAAUCCGGGAUGUUAGGCCAAUUGGUUUCUAUAGUGACUACAGGACCGAGUGGAAAUACGGACGGUCUAUCGGCGGAGAUUGAGGAGAUGAUUGAUACGUCAUCACUGGAGCUAUUCUGCGGUUCUUUGAUGGAAAGCUGGGAUGAAGCACUUGAUGGGGUGCUUCUGAUCUGCUCGUCUGUCUGA